UUUCGGUGCCGGUUGCUUGGAAUUAUCAAAUAUAAAUAAAACGUACUAUACUACUUCGCGUCCAUAACAAGAUAUAAUGGCAUCAGUUGUAAGAGUUUUCAUCUGCUUAACUUUAUUUUCAACAUUUCUUGUGGUUUUUUCAGGGAGAGAUUUCUACAAGAUAUUAGGCGUCAGUCGUAAUGCUAGUGUCAGAGAUAUUAAAAAAGCUUAUAGAAAACUGGCAAUGAAAUGGCAUCCAGACAAAAAUCCUGAUGAUCCAAAAGCACAAGAAAAGUUUCAAGAUCUUGGAGCUGCUUAUGAGGUUUUAUCUGAUGAAGAAAAAAAAAAAACAUAUGACCAACAUGGAGAAGAGGGUGUUAAAAAAAUGGGUGGAUUUCAAGGUGGUGGUUUUGAUCCAUUUGAGUCAUUUUUUGGCGGUUUUGGAGGUUUUGGUUUUGGUGGAGGAAAUCAAAAAAGUCAAAAAGAAAUACCAAAGGGUGCAACUGUUACUAUGGAUUUAGAAGUAACACUUGAAGAAUUAUAUACAGGAGAUUUUGUUGAGAUAUUACGUGCAAAGCCUGUGGCUGAAACCACUUCCGGUACUCGGCGCUGUAAUUGCCAUAUGGAAAUGAGAACUCAUCAACUUGGACCUGGUAGAUUUCAGAUGAUGCAGGAAGAAGUUUGCGAUGAGUGCCCUAACAAAAAGUUUAUUGUAAAAGACCAAGUACUUGAAAUUGAAAUUGAACAAGGAAUGAGCAAUGGACAAGAAUAUCCAUUCAUUGGAGAAGGAGAGCCUCAUAUUGAUGGUGAGCCUGGUGAUUUAAUUUUCAAAAUCAAAGAAUUGAAACACAAAAUAUUUGAACGACGUGGUGAUGAUCUGUAUACCAACAUUACAAUUAACCUUGUAGAUGCUCUUAAUGGCUUCAGUAUGGAGAUAAAACAUUUAGAUGGACAUAUUGUCAAAGUUCAACGUGAUAAAAUUACAUGGCCUGGUGCAAAGGUUAAAAAAAGUGGUGAAGGAAUGCCAAAUUAUUAUAAUAACAAUCAAAAAGGACAAUUAAUAAUCACUUUUGAUAUCAACUUUCCAAAAGGUGAACUUUCACCACAAGAUAAAACAGCUAUCGAAGAAAUAUUAAAACAAGGAUCUAAACAGCACAUAUACAAUGGUUUGCAAAAUUAAAUCAUUAAAAAAUACAUAUAAAAUAUUUUGGAAUUCUAAAAUGGGGAAGAUCACAGUAAACAUAAGGUGUAUAAUUAUUGGUUUUUAAAACGAGGAUCUUAGCAACAUGUGUUUAACAAUUUACUUCAAAAUGUAAUCACUAAGUUUGCAUAUUUUAAAAAAUAGUUAGCAUUUACAAUUAUUCAUAGAAAUAUAAAUAAAAAACCUAAAAUUUCAAAUUUUUUUAAUGUUUGCUUUUGCUUUUUAUUGUUACUUUUAUUAUUUCUUUGUCUUCACUUAGUUGAAAAUUGCUGUUUUAUAUAUUUAUUGUUACUUUUAUUAUGUUUUGUGUCUUAGUUGAAAGAAAGUUGCGAUUUUAUAUAUCUAUUGUACUUUUAUUAUGUUUAGUGUCUUUUCUUACUUAAAAGUUGCUAUUUUAUAUAUUUAUUGUACUUUUUUUAUGUUUUGUGUCUUUAAUGUAAGAAAGUUGCGAUUUUAUAUAUUUAUCUGUAAUUAACCAGAUUUAUUUCUUUCCUACUAAAUUACAGCUUCAAAAUAAAUGGUUAUAUUUUUUGCUUUA